AGGACACAUCGGUAAACACAUACCGUUUCAUUAUUGUCAUCUGCUUUGCUUCGUUCCCAAUUUGUGUGUUGCGAGAGAUAUCUAGGGUUCGCUCGAUUCUCCAGCGACGAUGUUAAGCGACGAUUCGAGGGCGAAAAGAGCUGCGACUGAGGAGGAAUCUGACUCUUCUGUCUCGAAAAAGCCGAAGUUCGAAGAUGAAGACGACGACGACACAAGCAUGGAAGAAGAAAGCGAUAGUGAUAGCGGACGCGCAUGGAGUGUCGAGGCAAAAGACAAUGAUGAAGAAGUCGUGAAGCCUCCUAACUAUUUAAACAUGCAAGAUCCGGAACCGGAGUGGGAUAAGGACAGUUACGAUGGUUACGAAUUGGUAUUCGACUCUGACGGCCGUGAAGGCUUCUCCAACGACGAGGAUUACAAAGAGUUCCGCGACUAUAAAACCAAGGCCUGGAAGAAUAGGGGGUUUUUAGAAGAUCCAUUCAGAUCCGUCUACCCCAUUUUAGAUCUGGACGAUCUUUGGUCAGACAGGGUAAACGUGUCUAGGAGGCAAUAUUUGGCAAAUAUUGCUUCCCUGUGUGUUAAGAAACUCAACGAGGAGAAGCGUUUGUCUGUGGAAGUUGUAAGCAUUGUGAGAGCCAAUUUAAAAGCAAGAGGUGGGUUUAAGCUCUACAUCACCUUUAUGGCUCGAGAGCAUCAGGAUGGUCCUCUAGUGGAGUAUCAAGCCAAGGCAAUGGAUUUUGCAGGAGGCAUAAAACCUCCCUUUCCCAUUCUCUGCAGACCAGCCUCUAGCAUGCCCUAAUCUAUGACUUGCAUAAGAUUGGGUAUGAUGUUCUUCUACGAGAAGAUGAAGAUCAAAAUAACGCUUUCCAGUUAUAAGUAACAUGAGUCCAUGUGGAUUUAGUUUUUCUUUUUUUUAUUUGGCGUUCCAACUUAUGGUUGCUAUAUUAUGUGAUUAUGGAUUUUAAAAUGCGUUAUCGUAUAAUUAUGGAUUUUUAUAA